AUGUUCAUGUUGGGUCCACGGACCAGAGUCGCACGCACUAUUAUAAAAAAACUCGGCCGCUCACUAAGGGCCGACUUUGCGAGAUCCGUCGGGCCGACGGGAUGCCGGGGCCUGCCGGGGCCUGCCGGGGUCUGCCGGGGCCAGCCUGGGCCAGCGAGAAUCGUUUGCGAAGUCGAGCAAUUUCGCACUUCUCCGGUCGCUCUUCUUCGUUCCAAUCCGUCUGUCCGGCAUCACACCUUUUAAAAGUGAGUUCAACUACGUUUCGUGAUCUAAGCCACCUGACCAAACUGACCGUGUGGUCGUCUUUGGUGCUCCGCCCACUGCACAGUGCUCGUCCUCAGCGCCUUGGCGGCACUCUUGCCCAUCGUUGCAGCGCUUCCUGCAAACCAGCUCCCCUUCACGACCCCUGCGUCAGUCUCAAUCGUUCGAAAGGUGUCAUUUUCGGCCCAAAAGGUCUCGCCUGCUGAGAUAUGUUAUCCACCACCCCUUCGCAGCCCCGUCGCCUCGGCGUUCUUGACCACGCCCGAAAACCCUCAAUACGACUUCGAGGUCCUCUACUCGGCCGACCACCCCGAGCACCGAAUCCGAGCUCGCACUCCCAAAGGACUGUGUGAUCCGUGAGUGUGGUGUCGUCGAGGACCGAGACGGCGCUACAGAGCUUGUUUCGCUGACCUCCGCCCGCGGCCGACCUUCUCCGAACCUACUCUCAGCGAUGUCGAGCAAAAGAGCGGCUACCUCGAUACCGCCAGCGGCCGUCAUUUCUACUUCUGGCAGUUCGACUCUCGCAAUGACCCCAAGAACGACCCGGUCAUCAUGUGGCUCAACGGCGGACCCGGCUGCUCGUCCUUCACUGGUCUGCUGAUGGAACUCGGUCCGUGCGGAAUUCGCGCCCCCGAACACGUGCCCGCCCGCAACCCCUGGUCAUGGAACAACAACGCUUCGCUCAUCUUCCUCGACCAGCCCGUUGGUGUUGGAUACUCUUACGCUGAGAAGGGCGAUAAGGGCACCUGGACGACCGAGGCUGCUGCCGAGGACGUGAGUUUGCCUCGAUUUGAUCUUGAUCAUCUUCCGAGCGAGACCCUAACAUCUCCUGAAUACGAAAAUAAACGUGAUUUUUCGGCAACAGGUGUUUGCGUUCUUGACCAUUUUUUUCGAGAACUAUGCCGACAAGUUCGGUGGUCGACCUUUCUUCAUCGCCGGCGAGUCCUACGCCGGUCGUUACAUCCCCGUUUUCGCCGACUACAUCGUGACGCAGAACCUCAAGAACGAGCUUAAUGGCAAGCCCAAGAUCAACCUGCAAGGUGUUCUUAUCGGCAAUGGCUUGUGAGUCACUCCUUGUUCCAUGACGCUUGGUUGCUGUCGGUUGACCUCGGAACUUUAUCACCUUCCUGCAGCACCAACCCCAAAAUGCAGUACGGCGCCUACUUCCCAACCGGCUGCACGAACUCGACCGGCUACGGCCCUUACGUCGAUGCCAAGGACUGCGCGUCGAUGGCCGCCGCUCUCCCCCGUUGCCAAGCGCUCAUCCAGAAGUGCUACGAUGACGUGAGUGGAGACGACAUGCGCCAGGACGGUGCUCACGCUGAUACGAAAGCUUUGCCCAUCCUUGGUUUAGCCUACCGACGCCGCUGUUUGCCUCAGUGCGAACCAGUACUGCGAGGCGACUCAAACCGAGAGGUUAGUCGUCUUGCAGUAGAUAAUCUGCCCUUUUGCUGAACCGUCGUCGCCGACUACUAGGUAUUACGAGACCGGUCGCAAUCCCUACGACAUGGAGAAGUUCGGAGGCUACGCCGAGGAGCCCGACGUUGCCAAGUGGCUCAACCGGUAGGUCUAUGAUCAAGCUUGUGGCCAAAUGGGUAUUAUCUUACUCACGAGUGUGUCUUCUCGACUUGUAGUGCCGACAUCCGUCACCAGCUCGGCGUCGACAAAGAGGUGUCGGGCGGCGUCAAGAAGUUUAUCGGCUGCUCGGACCCCGUUGGCUUCCGAUUCUCCACGACUGGUGACCAGUGAGCUGAUGAUGCAUCGAAUCAUGCCGGGAUAUCACCAGCAUGCCGAACUGAGCGUUUGCUCUUUCGUUCUUACAGAUCGAAGGCGACUUACCCCCACGUCACCCACAUGGUUGAGAAUGGCGUCAGAACCCUUAUCUACGCCGGCAAGCGCGACUGGAUUUGA